AUGAACCCUAGAUCAAAACCCGAUUCGGCGACGGUGUUGUCCUCCUAUCCAGAUUCUGGUGGCCUUGGGUGUGGCUAUGUGAUGAAUAGAUGGGGCUUCGCGGUGGGUUCGGUAUCAAUGGCGCUUGGAGAUGGUGUCGCGGAUGAGAGAUCGAGUCCCAGAGGCGAUGAUGACAGUUGUGUCUUUGCAAAAGCUGGUGGAGUGGAGGGUUGUUGCGGGAGACACAGUUCCGGGGGAUGCAGGAAGUGCGGCGGAAAAGGGGAACGUGUAGUAUCCAGGGUAUUGUCAGCUACGAAUGAGGAAGGUCGAGUUAAAGGGGAGAACUCCAUUGAACAUGUCACAUAUGAGGAAGAUGCUAUUGAUGCUGACGACAAUGAUGAGAGACUUACUAAAUCAUCUAAUGCUUCUAAUAAAGCAUUUGAGGUCUUACUUACUAUGCAAGGGAAACAACAUAUUGAAUCUUCUAGCAAAGUAAACAAUAUCAAGCAUCGUGACGAAACACCGCCUGAUGUUCGAGUACGGAAACUAAAGGAUCAGCUCAUCCAAGCUAAAGUUUAUCUUUCCCUUCAGUCAGUUAGGAACAUUCCCCAUCUCACUCGGGAACUUUGGCUACGGGUAAAGGAAGUUUCACGAACAAUUGGAGAGGCAAGCAAAGAUUCUGACUUGCCAAGGAAUGCAAAUGAGAGAAUGAAGGCAAUAGAGCAAUCAUUGAUGAAAGCAAGGCAAAUUCAAGAUGAUUGUGCCACAUCCGUGAAGAAGCUUAGGGCUAUGCUCCACUCAUCAGAGGACCAGCUUCGCGUGCACAAGAAACAGACCUUAUUCUUAACACAGUUGACAGCUAAAACACUGCCUAAAGGUCUCCAUUGUCUUCCGUUGCGCCUUACAACUGAAUACUAUAACUUGAACUCUUCUCAGCAACAAUUCCCCAAUCAAGAGAAGUUAGAAGACCCUGGACUAUACCAUUAUGCAAUAUUCUCAGAUAACAUAUUGGCCACAACUGUUGUUGUGAAUUCUACUGCUGCCCAUGCUAAGGAUUCCUCCAAACAUGUUUUCCACAUUGUAACUGAUAAGGAUAUAGAUGGUGAAUUUCAAGAGGACGACGUAGAUGAAGAAUUUAUGGAGGAUGACAUAUCUAACGAAUUUCAAGAGGACGAUCUGGAUGCUUUACUCCUAGAAGACAAACUUAAAUGA